AUGGACGACCAUACCGGCACCAGCCUUCGGCAGUUGGUCAACCUGAUCGACAAACUGCGGGACAUCGGACUGCACAAGUACAUCAACUUGCCACGGAUAUGCGUUGCCGGCACCCAGAGCAGCGGUAAGAGCAGUGUGCUCGAGAGCAUCGUGGGAAUCGACUUCCUCCCCAGGGGCGACGGUAUUGUGACGCGUCGCCCCGUGGAAUUCCGCCUUAGUAGGCUGACCGGCAAGGACGGGGAAGCCGACCUUCGACCCUACAUAAUCUUUGAGGGCAAUAGUGAGAAGUUCUACGAUUUUGAGAAAGCGAGGCAACACAUACAAGAGCUGACUAACGAGAAGGCUGGUGUCAACAAGGGCAUCAUCGAUGACCCGAUUGUGCUCUCCGUCUUUUCCCCGGACUGCCCGGACCUCUCGCUCAUCGACCUGCCCGGUGUGACGCGUGUCCCGCUCAAGAACAGCGACCAGACCGACGACAUAGAGGCUCUGACUAAGGACAUGAUAAUGCGUUACGCGCGCGACCCGCGGACGAUAAUUCUUGCGGUGGUGGCCGCCAACGUCGACAUGUCCACCAGCGACGCGCUGCAGCUUGCGAGGCGCGCAGACCCGCUUGGCGUGCGUACUUUGGGCGUGAUCACGAAAAUCGACCUGAUGGACCGCGGCGCGGACGCCGUGGCCAUGCUACAAAAUGACGAAGUGCCUCUGAGGCUGGGCUACACGGGUGUCAAAAACCGGUCUCAAAAGGAUAUCGCAGAAGGUGUCACGAUAAAACAGGCGCUUGAGCUGGAGCGGCAGUACUUCUCGGAGCACAGUGUAUACAAGCAUAUAAAGCCCAGUCUAUGGGGUAUCCCAUCGCUGGUCGACAAGCUGACGAAGGUGCUGUACAGGCACAUCAGCACGGUGCUGCCGGACCUCAAGGCGGAAAUCUCCAACCGCAUCAAAAACACGACCGCGAGGUUAGAAGCGUUGGGCGCCUCCGCGCCGUCGGAUGCAGCUGAACGCGUGCACCUGCUUUGGCAGCUGACUACUGACUUCUGCGAGGUCUUCGGCGGGAUAAUCAGGGGCAGAUACGUCAGCCGCCUGCACGACUUCGUCGACAAGGACGCCGUGACUGGCGUGCAGAUUAGGACAAUUUUCAACGAGCUGCUUGAGCCAUUCCUUUCGCAGAAGGUGUUCGACCAGCUGUCUGACUUUGAAAUUGACCAGGCCAUUCAGAUGCACGAGGGUGACAGCCUGCCCGGCUUCCCCAGUCCAGACACGUUCGAGUACCUGAUACUGCCCCAGCUGCAGAAAUUGGUGCCUCCAUCCAUCGAGUGCCUGGAGCGCGUGCAGCAGACGCUGGACCUGCUGGCCAUGAAGGUGUCGCAGCGCAUCUUCGCGAGGUUUCCGCUGCUGUGCGAGAAGGUACUCGCCCUAUCGCAGAACAUCUUCACCGAGGAGACUGAGAAGUCCCGUGGUUUUUUGGAGAAGUACGUGGAGAGCGAAACUUUGUACAUUUUCACAAACGACGGGCAGUAUAUGGUUGACAAGGCCGACGAGAAGGUGGAUGCUGGCAAAUCCACGAACUACGUCGCUGAAAAGGCCGCGCAGCUAACUCAAGCGACCGGCAAGGCGCUGAGCGGUGUCUGGGACGCCGCUCAGGGCAAGAAACGUAGAUACAGUUCGCAGUUCAUCCAGGAAAUCCGGCGCCGGCUUAACGUGUAUUUCGCCAUCGUGCUUCGGAACAUGCGCGAUUCGGUGCCGAAGAUAAUUGGCCACUUCCUCGUGAGAAAGGUGCAGCAAAACAUGCAGUACAAAAUUUACACUGCGCUGACCCAGCAGAAGCAGGAGGAUCUGGAGGCCAUGUUCGGCGAGCCGCCGCACAUCGCGCGUGACCGUGAGCUCAUGCGGGAACAGCUCGACGUGCUGAAUCGCGCCAUGUCACUAAUGCAGCGUGACUUUUCUGUGGCGCAAAGGGACGUCGACCUGUUCGACGAGACCUUCGACAACGAUUUGAAGGCGUUCAGCAUCAAGGCUCAACAACCUGGAAGCCCUCCUCCGUGUCCUGCGGACGUGCAGCGUCGUCCCGCGGCGCAGCAGUUGCCCGAGCCCGCCAUCACCACUGCCCAUCACUUGCCCAAGGCGCAGUACAUAACACCGCAGCCGCAGCGCGCGCGUGACACAACCCGCCGGGUCGUCGCCUCCAACCCGCUCUUCGACUGA